AUGCUUAUUAUCUCUCGGUUCUCCAACUAUGUCGUGGUCCUCUCACUCUGGGCUACCAUGAUGCUCUGGGCAAAAGCUGCCGCGGUUGAGUUUCUGUCAUAUCAACCGUCAUUUUCCAAGCUGAUAGGUCAGAAUGCGACUGGCAAAGUCGCCCAAGAGACUUCAUGGGAAGCCUUUCAUGAGGGUGGUAUCUAUAAUAAGAAGGAUAAUUCGCUGUACAUCUCCUCUAACUUCGACACCGUCGGCAACCCCAUCAACAUCACAGUACUAUCUCUCGACGACCUUUCAAUUCGAAGUCAGCGGUACGUCAACUUGAGCAUGCCCAAUGGCGGAUCAGUAUUUCGUGCCAAUAGAGGAGGAAGGUAUAUGGGGUCAGACCAGACUUUGCAAGUUUGGUGUGAUCAGGGCGACACGAAUAAUUAUUCCAAGCUAGUCUCUCUGGACCCUGAUGCCAACCAAACAACAACGCUUUUCUCAAGUUUCUUCAACCGGAACUUCACGUCUAUAAAUGACGUCCGUCAGCACCCGGAGACCGGUGACCUCUGGUUUACCGACGCUACAUACGCCUACUUCAAUGGCUUCCGCCCCAGCCCUCAAAUGCCUACGCAAGUCUAUCUGUCGGAUUAG